ACUAUAAUAGUAGUAUAUUCCGAAAAUCCCUAGAAAUCCAUUUAUUACUACAACCAUGCGCUGGCUCGCGGCGAAGACAGUCGUCGUUUUGGCCCCUCGCUGGCGCUCUCUUUCUAUUCUUCUCCAUUCUCCUAUCCACCGCCACCUCUUCUCUCCGUCUCCUCUCUCACGAAACAGACAGUCCCAGCAGCUCCAUUGCUUCAAGGUAAGAAAAGUUUUUAAUGGAAAAGCAAAGAUACUCAAGAAAAACAGAGGAUUUAAGGAUUCCCUUGACGAAAAAGAUCAGUAUCAUAUCAUUUGGUGGAAGGAGAGGUUGGAGUUGUGUAGAAAACCUUCAACCAUACAUCUGAUUACAAAGCUUAUGUACACUAAUUUAUUGGGUGUUGACGCCAACCUAAAGAAUGGAACUCUUAAAGAAGGAACACUUAACUGGGAAAUAUUGCAGCUUAAAUCCAAGUUUCCACGCGAAGUUCUUCUGUGUAGGGUUGGAGAAUUUUAUGAAGCCAUUGGAAUUGAUGCUUGUAUUCUUGUGGAAUAUGCUGGUUUGAAUCCUUUUGGUGGUCUGCGUUCAGACAGUAUUCCAAGAGCUGGCUGCCCUGUAGUGAAUCUCAGGCAGACUUUGGAUGAUCUGACUCUCAAUGGGUUUUCAGUUUGUAUAGUGGAAGAAGUUCAAGUUCCAACUCAAGCUCGUACCCGCAAGGAUCGUUUUAUAUCGGGGCAUGCUCAUCCAGGUAGCCCUUAUGUAUUUGGACUGGUUGGGGUUGAUCAUGAUUUGGAGUUUCCAGAACCAAUGCCUGUAAUUGGUAUUUCUCGCUCAGCAAAGGGAUAUUGCAUUGUUUCAUUACUAGAGACCAUGAAAACUUAUUGCAUAGAAGAUGGCCUCACAGAAGAGGCUCUAGUUACCAAGCUUCGUACUCGCCAUUGUCACCAUUUGUUUCUUCAUACAUCAUUGAAGCACAACUCCUCGGGGACAUUUCGUUGGAGUGAGUUUGGUGAAGGAGGAUUAUUAUGGGGUGAGUGUCGUCCAAGAAAUUUUGAAUGGUUUGAUGGUGAUCCUGUGAAUGAGCUUUUGAUUAAGGUCAAGGAACUUUAUGGACUUGAUGAUAAGGUUCUAUUCAGGGAUGUAACAGUAACUUCUAAAGAUAGGCCUCAGCCUUUGUACCUAGGAACAGCCACGCAGAUUGGUGCUAUACCAACUGAAGGAAUCCCUUGUUUGUUAAAGGUUCUACUUCCACCAAAUUGUACCCGGCUCCCUGUUAGGUACAUUAACGAUCUUAUUUUGAAUCCUCCUGCUUAUAUAGUUGCUUCCAAGAUUCAAGAAAUAUGUAAACUUAUGAGCAAUGUGAAAUGUUCCAUCCCUGAGUUUACUUGUGUUUCAUCAGCUAAGCUUGUGAAGCUACUAGAAUUGAAGGAGGCUAAUCAUAUUGAAUUUUGCAAAAUCAAAAAUGUACUUGAUGAGAUAUUACAGAUGUACACAAAUGCUGAGCUCAGAGAGAUACUGGAGUUAUUAAUGGACCCUACUUGGGUGGCUACUGGGUUAAAAAUUGACUUUGAGAAUUUGAUAAAUGAUUGUAGAUGGGCUUCAUCAAGAAUCGGUGAGAUGAUCCUUACAGAUGGUGAAUGUGAUCAAAAGACAAGCUCCUAUUCUGGUAUCCCACGUGAAUUUUUUGAAGAUAUGGAUUCAGGAUGGAAAGGCCGCGUAAAAAGGAUAUAUAUGGAAGAAGAAUAUGCUGAAGUGGAGAAGGCAGCUGAGGCAUUAGCAUCUGCUGUUAGUGAAGAUUUCAUUCCAAUUUUAUCUCGUAUACAAGCCACUACAGCCCCAUUGGGGGGUCCAAAGGGAGAGAUAUUGUAUGCUCGAGAACAUGAAUCUGUUUGGUUUAAGGGAAAACGUUUUAUCCCAGGUGUAUGGGCUGGCACGCCUGGAGAAGAACAAAUUAAGCAGCUGAGACCUGCUCUAGAUUCAAAGGGAAGAAAAGUUGGAGAGGAAUGGUUUACCACUGUUAAAGUUGAUGCUGCAAUUAUGAGGUAUCAUGAAGCAGGGGCUAAGGCAAAGAGAAUUGUCUUGGAAUUGUUGAGAGCACUUUCUGCUGAAUUACAGGACAAGAUUCAUGUCCUUGUCUUUGCUUCCAUGUUGCUUGUCAUUGCAAAGGCAUUAUUUGCUCACGUGAGUGAAGGUAGAAGAAGGAAAUGGGUUUUCCCUACCCUUGCGCAAUUUCAUCAAUCAAAGGAUAUAGAACCAUUAGAUGCUGCCAACAGAAUGGAAAUUACUGGUUUAUCACCAUAUUGGUUUGAUGUUGCUCAAGGCAGUGCUGUUCAGAAUACUAUAGAGAUGCAAUCCCUAUUUAUUUUAACAGGACCCAAUGGUGGCGGAAAAUCAAGUUUGCUACGAUCCAUUUGUGCAGCAGCAAUACUUGGAAUAUGUGGUUUGAUGGUGCCUGCUGAAUCAGCCUUCAUUCCCCAUUUUGACUCUGUUAUGCUGCAUAUGAAAUCUUAUGAUAGCCCUGCAGAUGGAAAAAGUUCAUUUCAGAUUGAAAUGUCCGAGGUCCGUUCCGUAAUAACCGGAGCCACAUCGAGAAGCCUAGUGCUUGUGGAUGAAAUCUGUAGAGGAACCGAAGUAGCGAAAGGAACAUGCAUUGCAGGCAGCAUUAUAGAGGCAUUAGAUCAAAUAGGUUGCCUUGGCAUUGUAUCAACACACUUGCAUGGAAUCUUCGAUCUACCCCUUAGCACAAAGAAUGUUGUACAUAAAUCGAUGUCCACUCAGUAUGUAAAUGGUCAGACAAAACCAACCUGGAAACUGGUAGAUGGAAUUUGCCGAGAGAGCCUUGCGUUUGAAACGGCACUUAGGGAAGGAAUCCCGGAGGCACUUAUCCAACGGGCAGAAGAGCUGUAUUCUUCAGUUCAUGCAAAACAUAAGGUUGUCAGAAGAAAAGUACCAGUUGAGGAAGAAAUUGCUCAACUUGAAAUUAUUGGUAAGGAAGAUAUAAAUCAGAAAACUUCUUUAAGAGACGGCAUGGAGAUCUUGUUCAAGAAAGUUGAGAAUGCAGUCACCAAAAUUUGUCAAAAGAAGCUGAUGGAAAUCUGGAAAAGAGAUCCAUCUGAACCGGCUGAAGUGAAUUGUACUAUGGUUUCUGCUAGGGAACAGCCACCUCCUUCGACUAUAGGUGCUUCAAGCGUUUAUGUUAUGUUCGGUCUUGACAAGAAACUAUAUGUUGGAGAGACUGAUGAUCUUGAGGGCAGGAUUCGGUCUCAUCGAUCAAAGGACUCUACGCAGAAGAAGGCUUGUUUCCUUUACUUCUUAGUCCCUGGGAAGAGCACAGCUUGUCAACUGGAAACUCUUCUAAUAAACCAGCUCCCAAACUAUGGUUUCCAUCUUACUAACAUUGCUGAUGGUAAGCACCGCAAUUUCGGCACCACCACCAAUGCAUCUCUAGAAGAAAGCUUAGCCCUUGGCAGAUGACGUUAUGGACCGACAGAUGACAAUCGAACUCUAGAUCUGUGUGGCUGCAGCAAAUUUUGGUCCUUUCUAUAAGCUGCUGCUGCUGUUUCUCACCUCACAUUUGUGCUAUAUAUGUCAAAACACAACAUAUAUUAUUGUAUUCUUGUAGGAGGAAUCUUAAUUAAGGUUGGUCGGUUGGUGUAGUUUGCAAUUGACUCGUGAAAGGUGUGUGUUACUUACUUUUAGACACA